AUGUCUUCAGCUGUGAACAUCUAUUCAGCAGAUCCUGCAUUUCCUGUCCUUGCGGACGGCCUGCUCGGACAAUCCAAACCCGCAGAGAAUGACACCACCUCACAUAAUCCCACUUCCCGAAACAACUGGAGUCUCAAGGACGACUGGCUGAGUGGAUUGAAAUCCUCCAACCGAGCAGUAUUUCGAAGCGGGGCUGUGUUGGGGUUUUCCCGUCUGCAAGGGCGAAGCAACGAGAGCAACGAGUAUAUCGCGCAGAUCCCACGCUAUCUCCUCACAAAGCAGCUUCGCAGUAUUGAUCCAUCACAAGAAACAAGCGCGUUCAUUAUUCACCCGGGCAGCUUCGAAGGGUUUGCCCCGAGAACACUACUCAAUGACCUUCAAUCAUCAUCUGAAGACCAACCUGGACUCUCCAGAGAAGAAGCAAUCAAACGACUUGACUCAGUCCAACUUCUACCCGUGCACAGCUUCGUGAAUGCCGCACAGGCGAUCGGAAAGGUUUCGGAGGUUUUGCAAGGAAUGAAAGAAACCCAAGAACAGUCCUCUGGGCCAGACGACCCAACCAAACCUCCCAUCAUAUUGAUCGUGGCAGGUCUUGAUUAUCUUGCCGAAGGCGUAAUCAGAUCCUCGAAUCCAGCUAAAGGCGCAGCCUUCUUAACAGCCACACUACGAACUUUGUCGAGAUUGUCCCGUGUACAUGCAUCUCGUCUUUCAAUUAUGCUUGUCAAUACUAGCGGACUGGGUACCAUGAACUCGGCAUGGGACAAGUAUCCGCAAUCAACUGAUCACCAUGGUCAUGGUGAUGCGAGACAUCCGCUGGAAGGGGGCAUAUAUUCCAUAUUCCAUUCGGAUAUACCUUCCCUUUUUCCUACUCUGCUCAUGAAAACGCUAGACCAAGGCAUUGACACACAUCUAUUACUCUCCGACUCGAAAGGGUGUGAGGUGGUCGAGGUGAUCAAAGAUCGGACGGGUGGUGGUCUUGGGAAAUGGGGAAUAUGGAGGCAGCAUUGA